AUGGGGUGGUGGAGCAAAUGUAGAGAGUUUUGGGAAGAGAUGGAUAAGAAGGGUGUUCGUAAGGAUUUGCAUUCGUAUUCCAUUUACAUGGACAUACAGUGCAAGAGUGGGAAGCCAUGGAAGGCUGUUAAAUUGUACAAGGAGAUGAAAAAGAAGGGGAUGAAACUAGAUGUAGUGGCGUAUAAUACAGUGAUUCAUGCCAUUGGGAUAUCAGAAGGUGUUGAUUUUGCCAGCCGGGUGUUUCAGGAGAUGAAGGAAAUGGGGUGUAAGCCUAACGUUGUAACUUGCAAUACUAUUAUUAAGCUAUUUUGUGAGAAUGGUAGAUUCAAGGAUGCCCAUAUGAUGCUCGAUCAAAUGCUUAAGAAGGAUUGUCCGCCUAAUGUCAUCACGUAUCAUUGUUUUUUUCGGUCUCUCGAAAAGCCGAACGAGAUUCUUAUGUUAUUUGAUAGGAUGAUUAAAUAUGGGGUUCAACCAAAGAUGGAUACUUAUGUGAUGCUCAUGAGGAAGUUUGGAAGAUGGGGGUUUCUAAGACCAGUGUUUGUAGUGUGGAAUAAGAUGGAGGAACUUGGGUGUAGCCCAGAUGAGUCUGCUUACAAUUCUUUGAUUGAUGCUCUUGUGGAGAAGGGCAUGAUAGAUAUGGCUAGGAAGUACGACGAAGAGAUGGUAGUGAAAGGUCUUUCGCCUAAGCUGAGAGAGGAAUUGGGGACGAAGAUGGUGAAUGGUGGCUAUCAUGCCAAUGUGAACUGCAACAAGUAGGCAGUAUAUGCACUUCUUGGUGCUUGUAGACAUAUUUGAUCUUGGGACAUACUAUUACCCAGAUUCAGAUGUUGCAAAAAAAAGUUAAGGCGAACUUGUUGAACUUCGAUCUGGACGAAUCUGUUAUACAGAAGUUUGAGCGGAGAGGCGAUUAGAGCAAAUGGUAAGAGGUCAAAACAUCUUGUAAACAUGAUGAACAUUAUAUUACUAAUUAAGCUCUAAUUUUGUAGUAGCCCAAGCUCAUCGCUAGCAAAUAUUGUCCUCUUAGAGCUUUCUCUUCCGGACUUCUCUUCAAAGUUUUAAAAUACGUCUGCUAAAGAGAGGCUUCCACACCUUUAUAUAGAAUAUGUUUGAUGUGGGA